UUUGAACCUAAGGCAAAGGCUCAAUUGCGUGACGUGCAUCUGGCGCCCACUAGGGGCGCUGUGCAGUUCCUGCUUUCCACGCUUGCGACUUAGGGAGGCCUGGCGGGGCGGAACGAGGGUCGGGCCGGCGGUCUACAGCUCGGAGUGUUCGGGCUUCUUCGCUCCAAUGUGGCGCGUUGGAGGCGGUUCAGCAGCCGCGGCCGUUGCCGCUAGAGGCCGAGCGACGCACGAAAUGGUAACGGCUGCUACAGGGUGGCGACGGCGGCAGAAUCCCGCUUCCAGCGGCGACGAUGGAGGCCUUUUUCUCCUGGGCUGCCGGGCUCUGCACUACUCCGCUCCUCUCUGCGGCUCCAGGAACAUGCUGAAGAAGUUACUCUACAAAAAGAAGACUAAGUUUUGGUAUGAUAGCCCUGCACUGGGAUCCCAUCUGGUAAAUAAGCCAUCCAAUUGGAACAGUGCUUUAAAGCUUCCUGCAUCAAAAGAUAGAAAAGAAGACAGCAUACGCAAAAGAACUCUAGAUGUUCUGUUGUUUAGAGCUGUGAGAGAUAUUCUGAAUACUUGUGAAGCUGGUGAAGAACUUUACAAUCUCAAUGUAGAAGUGUCUAAAGGAUCCCUUGCACCUCGUUUUUCAACGUGUCGUAUAUAUUGGAGGACUACUGGUAAUAUAGAACAGGAUGACCAUAUUGAUAAGGUUCUCCGGCAGUGUGCUCCACAUAUAAGACACUUGUUGAUUUCAAAUCGGGUCAUAGGAAAUGUUCCUCCAAUAAUAUUUGUCAGAGACAAAGUGGAUGCUGCAGUACAAGAGGUUGAGCGGUUAUUGGCAAUUGCAGAUUUUGGGCCUGCAGAAGAAGAAAAUGAAUUGGAUCACAAUGAUUUUAGCAAACAAGGAUCUGUGAAGACUGAUGUAUCUCUGGACACCACAGAUCCUACUAUGCUUUCUAAUAUGUUUGGAAUUGAUCAUGAAGAAUUAAAUAAGCAGAUACUUGAAUACAAAAAAAUGAGAAAGGACAAGGAAAUAGAAGGGAUUGGACUGUCAGAGCAGCAGCAGAAGCAACUGGCUGAGAUACAGAAGCAAAAGAAAUUGCGAAGGAAGAAAGCCAAGAAAGCCUCUGAUGAUCUCACACCUGAGAAAUAUUUAAUGGACAAAUACAAUGAAGAUUAUUGGGACAGUGAAGAUGAAUUCCGCCAAGAAAAAGAACUUGAUUAUCAGUUACAGGAAAUAGAAAAUGAACUGGAGGGAGAUGGUAGAAACACAAAACUUAAGUGAUUUUGGAAAAACAGUGGCUCAGUUCAGAUACCAUGUGUCCCCCAAGCUGUUAAAGGAUUUAAGCCUUUUUCAAUUUUGGGAAUGCAGACUCUUGUUAUACGUAGUAGGGAAAUAGAUGGUACAUAUAGAAAUAGUGAUUCAGGAAUUGCUUUUGAAAAACAGCUAGUGUUGCAAGAAAAAUUUAAACACUGAACCUGUAUGAAUUAACAGAGGUGGGGGCAUGAUUUUGUGCCCUGUCAUACACCAGUAGGACAGCAUAUGAUGGUGUAUAAGGCUUCCCCAGUACUGGUGGAAAGAGGGAACUGGGAGAGCAGCUGCUUUGGGCACUGCUGUGGGAAAACCCAUCUGCUAUACUACACAAAAGAGUAGGAGAACAGAAAAACAGAAUCUGUGAGCAUGAAGAUCCAAGGGCUGUAGGAGAGAGACUGUUCCCUUUUCAGCUAUACAGAAUUAUUCCAGCAAAAAGGUGUGUGUGACAGGGUCUGUUCGGACAGUUCUGCUGCUGUUGCCUUGUGUAAGAAGCAGCUCUUGCUGAGGAUAGCCAAGUACAAUGAGCUAAUGGCAUAAAGAAACCUCAUCAGAUUACAGCAGAAUUGCGUUAAAGUUCAUUUCAUUGCUUUUUAAAGUGUGCUUAUAAUUUAUUAUGGAACAACAGCAAACAUAUAAAAGAAAGCACAGUUAGAGUGAAACAAGAAUUGAAUUAAAGCUGUCCUUAAUAGAAAAUUUUAAAAACUGAACUAGAGCAUAAACUGCAGAACACACAAGGAUGGGUAUUCUGUUAUUCACAACAUUGUGAAUAAAAUUAAUUUAUCUGCA